UGAUCUUGGGCAGUGACGCGCAUGUCUGGGCUGCUGUCAUCGCGCUAACCACAUUAGCACACAUUAGCAUCUCCCACUCCGGCGGACGGGAUGGCGCCGCUACGCAGAGCAUUCCCAGCAAGGUGUGGCACCGGCGGCGCGUCCAGCGGGAGGUGAGAAGGAGCGGUGUGGCCGGCCACCAUGAGCGUCCAGAGUCUAGGAGGAGCUCUCGGCGAGUCCCUGGGCUCCAGCCUCACAGUACGCAUGAGCGCAGCAGCCGGCGGGCGGAGUUCCCUGGCUCUCAAACCAUCCGGUCGGAUCACUUCGCUGCUGCAGGCCAUGGUUCCGCACGCUUACAGCAAGCUGCAGGAGGAGCGCCUGGCUAUGGCCGACCUGGGCGCCAAGCCCGAGGCCGCCUCGCUCCAGAACGGCUUCAGACAAGAGGCGCCGCCUCACCUGGAGGGCCGACGGCUGCUGGAUCGCACCCCGCGCUCCUCCCUGGCUUCGCCCGACGACGUCUACUCGGAAAUGGAGCCCAUGUUGUCUGAGAGGAGACUGUCCCGGGAGGAGAGUGACGGCCAUGAAGACCAGGAGCAGGAAGUUGUGCCGGCACCGGCGCACAUCCUGCCCAAGGAGACGCCUCUCGCUAUGGCGCUCCAGAUCCUACUGCCUUUCCUGCUGGCCGGUUUUGGAACUGUGUCCGCCGGCAUGGUGCUGGACGUGGUGCAGCACUGGGAGGCGUUCCAGUACAUUACAGAGAUCUUCAUCCUGGUUCCGGCACUUCUCGGCCUGAAGGGCAACCUGGAGAUGACUCUGGCCUCGCGCCUCUCCACGGCGGUGAAUGUGGGCAAGAUGGACUCUCCUAUAGAGAAGUGGAAUUUGAUCAUGGGCAACCUGGCGCUCAAGCAGGUCCAGGCCACUGUGGUGGGCUUUUUGGCAGCCGUCGCAGCCGUGGUGCUUGGCUGGAUCCCAGAAGGGAAGUUCCAGAUGAGCCACGCCGUGCUGCUGUGCUCCAGCAGUGUCGCCACGGCCUUCAUCGCCUCCAUGCUGCAGGGUUUCAUCAUGGUGGGCGUGAUCGUGGGCUCCAAGAAGACGGGCAUCAACCCGGACAACGUUGCCACCCCGAUAGCCGCAAGUUUCGGGGACCUCAUAACCUUGGCCAUCCUGGCCUGGAUCAGCCAAGGACUCUACAAGUGCCUAGACUCCUACCCAUAUGUGGCAUCGGUGGUCUGUGCCUUCUUCAUGUGUCUGACCCCUCUGUGGAUGGUGGUCUCCUCCAAGCACCCGGCCAGCCGCACCCUGCUGUACUCUGGAUGGGAGCCAGUCAUCACGGCCAUGGUCAUCAGCAGCAUCGGAGGACUCAUCCUGGACAAGACGGUGUCUGACCCCAAUCUGGCUGGAAUUGUGGUGUACACCCCUGUUAUCAAUGGUAUCGGAGGUAACUUGGUGGCGAUUCAGUCCAGCCGGAUCUCCACCUGCCUGCACUUCCACUGCGCCCCCGGGGAGGUGCCUGAUGAGGCCAAGGGCUGCUACUACCCUUGUCGCACCUUCUACGGGACUGGGGCUAACCACCGGUCCGCUCAGGUGCUCCUCCUCCUGGUGAUCCCCGGUCACGUCAUCUUCCUCUACACCAUUCACCUGAUGAAGAGCGGACACACGACUCUGACGCCCAUCUUCAUGUCUGUCUACCUGGCGGCUGCACUGCUGCAGGUGUUGCUGCUGUUGUGCAUCGCCGACUGGAUGGUCCACUCCAUGUGGCGCAGCGGCAAAGACCCCGACAGCUUUUCCAUCCCCUACCUGACGGCUCUGGGGGACCUGCUGGGCACCGCCCUGCUGGCGCUGAGCUUCCACUUCCUGUGGCUCAUUGGCGACCAGGACAGCGACGUGGGCGACUGAUGCGCCGCGCUUGGCCGUUUUAUACCCCCUCUCCACCCCCCACGUCAACAAUAUAGCAGACCUUUUAUUCAUGAAGACUCUUGCACCUUUUGCACCAAAGCACUUCCUUCUUGCAGGAGAGAAGAUGGAAUGAUUGACGGGUUCGGGCCUUUUAUUUAGUCAUCACCACGGAGCAUCGAACCUUGACGUCAAGGUCAGAAUUUCCAUAUAAGAUCACGAUGUUGUUAUUUUACGCCGGGCUGGAACUCAAAACAUGCGGCGGCCAUCUUGAUUGUUUUCAUUUUCAAAACCAAUACAAUUUAUAGAUGAUGCAUUUAGGGCAAAGUUAGACCCGGGAGGGUUUCAGUAAGAACUAAGUCUUAUGGAAAUGUUUUUUAUUUUUUUAUUCAACGUUUACAUUUGAACAGGUCAAUAAUUCAUAACACUGUUAAAGAAAGACAGUUUAAAUACAAAAAAACCCUCAAAUUCUCGGGAUCCAAAAGGUGUUACAAAUAAGUCAUACAUUUUUAAUUUUUUACAUUCAACGCUUGAGUCUUUUAGAUCAAAUUCAGAGCUAUCUGUUAUUUAUACGUUUUUAUCAUUUUUUAUGUUUUUUUUAUUAUUUCAUUAUUUUAUGUUUCUUUUAUAAUGCCUUUAUAAUGUGCUGUAUAAGGCAAACACAAAAUAUAUGAAGUAUUGUCCCCCAACAAUAUUUCAAACAUUCAAACUAAAACUUUCCCAAGUUCCACGAGAAAUUCCGGUUUUCCUGGUAAGUUCAAACUGUUUCCCUAAAAUUUCCAGGAAGUUCCCUUUGAAAUAUUAAUGGGACAUUUCUCCAAGUUGCACAAUUCCCACAUUUUUCAACCUAUUCCAACCAUUCCAACAUCAACACAUCAAAGUGUAAUAAUUGGAGCCUCGAACAGGUCAAUAAUUCACAACACUGUUAAAAAAAGACAGUUUAAAUACAAAAAAAUGCCACUUAAAAUUCUUUGGAUCUAAAAGGUGUUACAAAUAAGUCAUACAUUUUCUAUUUUUUACCUUCAACGCUUGAGUCUUUUAGAUCAACUUCAGAGCUGUCCCAUUAUUUAUACAUUUUUAUAAUUUUAUUAUGUUUCUUUUAUUGUUUUUCUUUUUCUUUUAUAAUGCCUUUAUAAUGUGUUGUAUAAGGCAAACACAAAAUAGAUGAAGUAUUGUCCCCCAACAAUAUUUCAAAGUGUAAUAAUUGGAGCCUCGAAUAGUCAAUAAUUCAUAACACUGUUAAAGACAGUUUGAAUACAAAAUCCCACUUAAAAUUAUUGGGAUCUAAAAGGUGUUACAAAUAAGUCAUACAUUUUUUAUUUUUUACCUUCAACGCUUGAGUCUUUUAGAUCAACUUCAAAUCUGUCUGUUAUUUAUAUGUUUUUAUUAUUGUUUUUAUGUUUCUUUGACAAAAUAAACUUUGUUUUACAUAACCGAAAACCAGUGAAGUUGGCACUUUGUGUAAAUGGCAAAUAAAAACAGAAUACUGCAUCAAAAAGCGAUGUCGCUUUUUGAUGCAGUACCGCUUGAGGUCACGGGCAUUCAAUGUUGAUAUUUAGCCUUGCUGCUUACGUGCGGUGAUUUCUCCAGAUUCUCUGAACCUUUUGAUAUUACGGACCGUAGAUGGUGAAAUCCCUGUAUUCCUUGCAAUACUUGGGUGAGAAAUGUUGUUCUUAAACUAUUUUUUCACGCAUUUGUUGACAAAGUGGUGACCCUCGCCCCGUCCUUGUUUGUAAACGACUGAGCAUUUCACGGAAGCUGCUUUCCUACCCAAUCACGGCACCCACCUGUUCCCAAUGAGCCUGUUCACCUGUGGGACGUUCCAAAUAAGCGCUUGAUGAGCAUUCUUCAACUUUUUCAGUCUUUUUUGCCACUUGUGCCAGCUUUUUUGGCACCAACUUCCAAAUGAGCUAAUAUCUGCAAAAAAAUAACGAAAUUUAUCAGUUUGAAUGUUAAAUAUCUUGUCUUUGCAGUCUAUUCAUUUGAAUAUAAGUAGAAAAGGAUUUGCAAAUCAUUGUAUUCUGUUUUAUUUACCAUUUACACAACGUGACAUCUUCACUGGUUUGUGUAUGGCAAACACCAAAUAUAUGGGUUAUUAUUUUUUGGAGUAAUGACAGUUUGAAGAAGGAAAAAAAAAACAUCCUAUUAUGGCAGCUUUGUGUUAUCAGAGUCUACGUUGCAAGCACACACCAGCGUUUACACAACGUUACACAACGGCAGUGUUUGUCCACUGUGUGGAAACAGCGUUAGACGUCGUUCCUCUAAAAGCAAGUUAGUCAGUCUUGUGUGUGUGCGUGGUGACGCAUGCUGCUCAUCGCCAUGGUGACGCGAUGCCAUCAGACUUAAGACCACACUUUUCACGGAACCUUGUGUCAACUCAACUCCUAGUCCUCGUCAUGUGCCUCUUGGCCGUGACUGAUGGGCGAGCUUCUUUCCUCCGUCGCAAGCUUUUUUUUUUCAGAAGGCGUUGCAUUAAAACCGAAUCAUGCA